GCUUCGCCAUCAAAGCUAUUAGACAUGCCGGUUAAAUACAAGUUGGCCGUUGGCCUCGAUAAAGGACACAGAGUCACAAAAAAUCCCAGACCGAAAAGAAAAGGGGUUGUGUCCAAGCACACAAAGUUUGUGCGAGACAUUGUCCGUGAGGUAUGCGGUUUCGCACCAUUCGAGAGGAGGGCCAUGGAGCUGCUCAAGGUGUCCAGGGAUAAGCGGGCGCUCAAGUUCAUCAAGAAGCGAUUGGGUACCCACCUCCGCGGCAAGAGGAAGCGUGAUGAACUGAGCAAUGUUCUUGUGGCCCAGAGGAAGGCGGCCGCACACAAGGAGAAGGCAGAGCACAAGUGAAUUGUUUCCGCAGUGCCCCGUCUUGUAACAUAACCCCAUCAAUAAAUGUCUCAACACUA